UCAGUUAGUCUCCUUGUUUUGAAUUUAGUGACCAUCAUCAAUGGAUGAUAAACCAAACUACGAGAUACACUAUUUACGAAAGAAUAUGAAAGCUGAGAGCCCCAGUUGACUUUUUUCACAGCAUAAACAGAAGAUGAACUGUCUUCAAAAAGGAUCAUAUCCUAUUUUACCUGGAUCCAGCUUUUUAAAUAAGUCGAAUGGACUAGUUUCUGUAAAAUAUAAUUUCAAACCAGAAAGCGUGGAUCGCAGCCGUAAAGGCGGCAUGGAAAAGAGUCAAGAUACUUAUCGACUAACUUUACCAUCUACUCUUGAACAUGGGCGUCCCCAUGUAUUUGAAGGAUCGGGCCAACAAGCACGAAAUGUGGAUUGCGUGUUAGUGUACAAUCCUAAAAAUAAGACGUUUACGAUCGAGCAAAUGGAUGAGAUUAUCAGAGUUCACGCCUUGCGAAAUGGAGGACGCGCAAUUGCAAAUACAGCACCUCAGCAGCCUCCGGAGCCGAUGACAAAGGGAUUAGCUUUUCCUACAGUGUCAUCCUCCACCUCUAAUUCAUUAGCGACCGGAGAGCCAUCUCAUGCUACUGGGUCUGCCGCAGACGAGGGAUUUAAUCUAAUACCACCACGCACAGAGGGUUCAAACCAAAGGUCAGUUCCUGCAUUUGCAAUGUCAGCCAAAAAAGCAACAGUUCAUUCAAGACCAAAUCCCGUCCGGAAUUCUGAUAUAAUUGACAUUGGAUCAGGUACAGAGAGAGAGACGGAGGAUGUGCUGGAGCUUGACGACUUUGCCAAGGAACUUGAACUUGGUCUUGAUCAGGAGCUAGGGAAGAACUCUGAAGAUAGACAAUCAUUCAUAGCUGGCAAGCCUAUUUCGUUGCGCGAUUUGUCAAGACAAGAAGAAGAGAGCGGACGGGCCGCUGCAACCUCUUACGAAGCAGUAAGCAGUGCCUCGGAAGAUGAAUGAGGAUUGAAUGAAAAUGUCGUUAAGUUAUGUCUUUUCGUGGCUUUCUGAAAGGGAAUCCCAAGGAGAACGAACUACAAGACGAAUUCCAUCAUUGUGGUUCUACACAGUUGAAAACUUUUUUUGUCAUGAAUAUUUUUUUUAUAUAUAUAAUUAAUGUUGAUUUUAUUCCCUAUGUCCUAACUAGAAUAAUGAAUGAAAUGCAAGCUUGAACUCGUA